UGUUGCAAAGGUUACCAAAACAUAAAACCACCACCUUGGAUCACGGCCACAGUGUUUGGAUCCUGCAUAUAUCUAUAAUGCAGCAGUUGUACUCAAUCCGUGGAUCCUGAUCUUUCCAGUCUGUUUUUUAGAUAACCUAUGAAAUAACGGUUGAAUGGAUAGCAAUUUACCAGAUUGAAAAAUAUAUUAUGUAAUUUACUGAAGAAAAUCAUAUACAGAAAGUUUACGAAAUUUUUUAUUUAAUUGUAAACAAAGUAACUUGUAUAUUAUAAAAAUAUCAUCAAUAAUGGCGGAACUAGCAUCUGACAACAAUGUGGACGAAUGUCCACUAGCAAAAAAGGCUAAGUUAGACACUGAAAAUUCAUCUGAAAACACUAAGAGUAUACAUGAAAAUGACGUUACUUUGCCUGCCUUUGAUCUAACAAAAGUAUUACAAACUAAUUGUAUGAGGAAACAAAUAUGGGUUCAAGGCACUUUCGAAGGUUAUGACGGGCCGGCUAUUAUAACACUGGAAAAACAGAAUUUUGUAGAUGACGAGAAAGCAUUAAAAGAAUUUUUCUCUAAAGAUACAGCCUUUCAGAAACUUUAUAGUAAUACUAUUUAUGGAAAUUAUGAAUGCUUUCCAGCUAAGAAAUAUACUGGUAUAAAUGCAAUGGUAAUACAUCCUGCUACAUCAAAACAUAUAGAUAAGUUUACAAAAAAAGAAUUAUACAUGAUAGAUGAGACAUAUGAACUUUAUCAAAAAAUUACUGUCCCAUACAUAGAAUCAAGUAGUUUUUCUACAGAGUGGAUACACAAUAUUUUAGAACACAAGGCAGAACAGGAUAAAAUAGUUUAUGAGGAUAGAAAUGAAAAAACUGGAUUUGUAUUAGUAAAUGAUUUGAAAUGGGAUGGACAACUAAACACGUUAAAAUUAAUAGCACUCCCGUUACAAAAAAUUAAAUCGAUAAGAGAACUAAAUGCAUCUCAUCUUCCGCUAUUGAAAAAUAUAAGAGAUGCUGGAAUAGCAGCAAUUGCUAAAAAAUUUAAAUUAUCCGCUUCUCAACUUAGAAUAUAUUUACAUUAUCAACCGUCGUACUAUUAUCUGCACGUUCAUUUUGCAUAUCUUAUGUAUGAUGCACCAGGUAUAUUCGUAGAAAAAGCACAUCUUUUAUCUAUGGUUAUAAGAAAUAUCGAGCUAAUGUCCGACUAUUAUACAAAAGCUGUGCUUUCUUACGUAGUUGCCGAAGGUGAUCCUCUGUAUAUUAAAUACAAGGAAGAAGGAACUAUAACCGAACUAAACUCUAAAACCACCGAAGUUUAAAAAUAGUGCAUUUAGCUUGUGAACAAAAAUGUAUACAUUCAAAAAUAGGGGACAAAGAACAUUAUUGUAUGGAAUUAAUUUUGUGACGGUAAACUAUUACAGCUACAUAAUACAUCAUUUGCAUGUAAAUAGUUUCUUCUUGUACAUCGUCACGAAUUAAGAAAAUCAUAUAAAGCAUAAAUUAUUUAUGUUAAUUCGUUUUAUAAAUCAAUUAAAUAGAAAACACUGCCCUUACACUGCUUUUGUAUUCAAUUUUAAAAGUUAUUUACAAUAACACGAAUUUUUUAUAUGCAGAAGUUUCUAAUAGGUAGAGAAGAGAAUAUUUUGAUAGUAAUUAAGUAAAAAUAUAUAUAUGAUAAACCUGAAUGUGAUAAUAUACAAAAUUGGGCGAGGUAGAAAAUUGACGAAGUAAGGAACGACGAUUAUAUGUACACGUGACAAUUUAAUUAUAUUAAUUGUAAUAUAUAAAUUAUACACGUGUCAUUUUACAAUAUUUAUUUUAAUAAAUAUUUCUAUCGUAUAAAUGGUGGUACACAGUACACAAUGAAGAGUCAUUAAGUACUAAUACCGAAGAAGUACCUAGUUUCUUUCCUUUUGUUCAAAAUUUUACAGCGUAAAAGGAAAGUGUAGAAUUAUUUACAAAAAAUUUAACAAGAUUGGGAUAGUAGCUUUGUUGUUCUUUUUUUAUACAUACUAAAAUAUCAUAUUUUAUUAUGUGUGAAAAUAUUAUGAAACAUUUAAGUUAUUUUUUUUUUUUGUAUACGAACGAUUAUUCAAAAUCGUAAUUCACUGUGCUGCAAUUAAAAUAAUAAAUUAUUGGGUCGACGUUUUUUCCAGGCUUCAUGGAGUACAAUGCGAACAGAAUUAAAUGAAAACUGAAACAGAGUUAUUCUCAAUCAAACAAACAGUUUGGAACAAUGGUUCAACAACCAAUAUAAAAACAUAUUUAAUCCUUUCAUCGUGGCAAACUUCUACUAUAAUAAGCUCAAGCCUGCCUGAUCAGAGAAAUAGCUUACAGUCGUCAAAGAUUAUUAAUUUGAAAGAAAAUGAAAAAUUGUAUCGAUUGAGCAGUCGACAACAACAUGUACAUAGAAGAUUCUCUUGUAAUAUGUCUCGUAUACCUUCGGGUUUGUAAUGAUCACGACAAAUACGGAAAUAAUGAACAUCCAUGUAUGUAGUUACAAGUAUACGUAUUAAGAAUGUGUUCAAUGUCUGUAUGAAAUUAAGUUUCGCUAUUAGAACAAGGUUUUUUUCUUUUGUAAGUUCAAUGAAAAUUUCUUCUUCCAUUGUUUCGCUUAAAUAAAUAUUAAAAAUUCGGUUAUUCUUAACAAGCUAUGCACAUUUACAAGGACUAGACGAGUACUUUACACCAACUAAAAAAUUGGAAAGUUGACAAAUGAAUUGCGUGACAAAUGUUAAAAAAAAUGAGAUUAUUUUAUAAUACUUAUACUUAAGCAAAGAAGGACAUUUGCGUGCAUAGUCAGUAUAUUAUCAGACAAAAAGUAUAGUUUAGCGUGAUUCGUAUACUGUUUCACUUUCAACAUUUCCUUAACGCAUAAUAAAACAGAAAAAGAUUGAUUAAAUACGCGGAUUGUUUAGUGUCAGCUUUUAUAAAAUAUUGAGUUACAGAUCAAUGUUUGAAAAUUAUUUAUCGAAGAGUUAUACGCUUCUAUUUGGUAACGAAACUAUUCGUUUAAAUUUCGUAGCUCUAUUUUGGAAGCAAAUCCAGUAUUAUAUUAAUAUUGUAUAAUAUCCAUGACUUCAUUUGUGCGAUUAUAGUAAGUAUAAGAGCUUAUCAGUUCUUGAUCUUGUUUAAGAAACUACAAAAUUCAAAUAUAACUCUUUAAUAAACAACUUUUUUUUAACAAAAACUCAUUCAUUUGUGUAUUUUCAAGUUCACCUACUUAAUUUUUACCGCAAUAACAGUUAUUAAAAAUAUCGCACAUCUUCCUUUCAUAAAUGAAGAAAGAAUAUUUUAUUUCACAAAUGAGAAAUCAAGAGACAAUUUCGAACUUUGUUCGUUUUUUUAACAAUUGUUAAAACAAAGAAAAGAUAACUUAGAACAGAUAUAAGUACUUCUUUUUUAUUUGCCGCGUCUCUUAAUAAACUCGUAUCAAUUUAUUGUGACAAAAAUGAUAUAAUACCAAAAAAAAAAAAAAGAAUACAAUAAUACAUUAUAUGCAUAUACAAGUACAUAUUCUGCUGUCAUUUGUAUAAGUACUCGUUUAAAUUGCAAUUUAGCUCUAAAAUGUUUCAAGCUUAACGAAUCUGGUAUUGUUUAUAUUCAUGUCUGAAUUUAAUUAUACACAGAUAUAAAACAUAUCGAAAAAUAAAUCCAAACGCAAGCCAUUUUAUAAUAAAAAAGCACAUUUAGUCUUAAUAAGAAUACACACAACCGAUAGAUCAUUUGUUAUUUUGUGAAAAAAAGUUAUGUACAUUAUUACAUAUACAUUCCUGGGAUAUGGUUAUCAAAAUAUAAUAAACAUCUUGCAUCGUUACACUUGUUCAUUGUUUCAUUGUCAGCUUGUUACAUUGUCCUGUAUACUUUUUUUAUUAUCAAUGAACGUACAGAAAUAUAUUAACAAGAAUGAUUAUGUGCAUUAAUGUGUUAAAAAAAAAGUGACCCUAUUUAUUCAUUUUUCUUCUUAAAGGAUGUUACAAUGCAUAACAUCAUUAACUAAAUUUUAAGUUUCAAAAUAAAAAAACAAAAUCAUAGCAUAGUCCUUACUGAAAUAAAUUUUCUAUUCAUAAGGAAGUUGUAACAUCCAAUUAAAAUCCUUUAAUCGAAGCAGACACUAGUGUAACAAAAAGCAAUAAUCAUUAUUGUCGUCAAAGUAUGCUUGAAAUAAUAUAACUGAAAUGGUUAACGACAAGCUCGAUAUUGUGAAACAUGUUUGUUACAAGUAUGGAAAGCGCUUUUUCAUGAAAUUUAAUAAUUCUAUUGUGAAACAUAAAUGAUGUUCUUAUGAGCAAUUAAAUACACGUGUACAUGCUAGAACAGUUAAGUGAACAUAUAUGCGCAAGUGUUUGUGUAUGCCUACAAUAUAUCACAUUAACUCAAUGUAAACGAUAUUAAUUAAUUAAAUAGCAAGAGUUUGUUUGUUCAUGAAACCAGCCUUAUAGUGGAAUCAAAUCCAUGAUAAGUAUAUUAGCCGCGAAUACUAUAGCAUUCUCUGAUCAGGUACUUAACGUGCAUAUGUUAAUGUGAUGCAUUGAAAAAAAAAAAAAA